AGAAUGGCGGCUACACCGGCUUCAAACCCUUCUCAGUUAUUACCACUCGAGCUGGUGGAUAAAUGUAUCGGCUCCAGAAUUCACAUCGUUAUGAAAAAUGACAAAGAGAUCGUGGGAACGUUACUGGGCUUCGACGAUUUUGUCAACAUGGUGCUGGAGGACGUGACGGAAUUUGAGAUCACGCCUGAGGGGAGACGAAUAACCAAACUGGAUCAGAUUCUUCUCAAUGGAAACAACAUCACCAUGUUAAUCCCGGGCGGUGAAGGACCAGAAGUGUGAGGCGUCCUGAAUCAUCAAAUUUUUUAUUUGUAUUUUUUUUAAUAGAAGGUUUAGUUUUGUGGGUUUUUUAUAAGACUUGUUUGAGUUUGUGUGACGUCUGAUGAUCAGAAUCAGUGAGGAUUUGAUUUGUUGAAUUUCACAAUGUGGACACGUUAAAUUCUGUUUGAAAUAAAAAGACUUGAGUGAAUACGCA